UAGUAUUUUCCGUCUAACCAGACCCUAGGAAAGAAAAGACGAGAAAGGGCAAAAAAAAAAAAAGGAAGCGGAGCUCUCGAGAAAACUGAUUACGAGUUUUGACGGUCCAGCAAGCGGAGCUCUCGAGAAAACUGGUUCUUUACCUUUCUAUCGCUUUUCAAUCACCACAAAAGCUGCCGCCGCCGUCACGGCCGCCGCCGCUAAAGAAGAGACAGGACUUGGUCGUCGUCUAAGUUCCAGUGACUACUAUUAGUGUGUGACAGCGUAUGUACUUUCAUUUUCUUAAGGAGCACUGCAGUACCUGACCGCAUAAUCUCUCAAGGAUAUAACGGUCUACAUUCACCAGUAGCAUCACUACAAACUCGUGGAUACGGCGAACCUCCUCUGUGACCAAAUUCUAGAGCACACAGCUGUUUGCAGUCCUACCUUGUUGGAAAUGCUUGAAUCAGUCAUGGGCUUUUCCUGAUUCUUGGCUAGUUCAAGUGUUAACUCACAUUACUACAAAUAGUUUAAUCUCGAUCAGUAUGGAGUUGGUUAUAAUAUUACUUUUUGAGGAGCAAUAACCCUUGGGGAUGAAAGAAAAGGUAAAAGCAAAAGGAAAGAAAAGGUGAUUGGCCAGUUUUGCAAUACAUUCUCUACCUUAGGACUGAUUACCACCUAUUUAGCAUUUCCGGAUCCGAUUAAUAAAAAUGGCUGCGAAUCAAGUCUCCAUUGAUGUUCAUGAUCACGGAAUGACUCUUGAUGGGCAAAAGGGAAGAGUUAGAUGCAAUUAUUGUGGUAAAGUUAUGAGUGGUUUCAACCGCCUUCGUUACCAUUUAGGAUGGGUAAAAGGAGAUGUAUCUCCUUGUGUGGAAGUUCGUGCAGAUGUGAAGGAACUAAUGAGAAACAAACUACUUGAAUCAAAACGAGAAAACUUGAGCAAGGAAGUUGGGGAGUUCUGCCACCCAAAUCUUCUUUUGAAGAGGAAUUGGUCUCCUCACUCAAAUGAUGAUGGUAAUACGUUGGAAACCACUCAAACAGAUGGGUGUGGGAGCAAAAAGCGGGCUAAUGUGAACUGUACAUCAAAAAACAGUGAGAUGGAAUCCGUUUCUUCUUCUAAGCGAAAAAUAGGUUCCCUAAGAGCCACCAAUGCAAUAGAAGAUCCGUUGUCACGGGAAGCUCAAAAAUGCAUUGGUAGAUUCUUUUAUGAAUCUGGAAUUAAUUUUAGUGUUGCAAAAUCUCUUAGCUUCCAGAAAAUGAUUAACGCCACCCUAGCUUGUGGUAAAGCUGGAUGUAAGAUCCCCACUCCUCAGGGGUUGAAAGGGUGGAUCCUUCAGGAAGAAGUAAAAGAGAUGCAACAGUAUGUGAAGGAGAUCAGGGAUUCAUGGAAAAGGACUGGGUGCAGUGUGAUAUUGGACGGAUGGAUCGAUGGGAAGGGGCAAAACCUGAUCAAUGUUUUAGCAGAUUGCCCACAAGGCCCUAUUUAUCUACGGUCAUUUGAUAUUUCAGCCUAUGUUGGAGAUGUUGAUGCCUUCCAGUUGUUUCUUGAUGAAGUUAUUGGGGAGAUUGGGGUUGAGAAUGUGGUACAAAUCAUUACAUAUUCUGUAUCAGCCUGGAUGGAGGCAGCAGGUAAGCAAUUUAUGGAAAAACACAGGGCAGUCUUUUGGACAGUGGGUGCAUCACAUUGCAUAGCACUGAUGUUAGAAAAAAUUGGAGCCAUGGAUCUUAUUAAAGGGGUAUUGGAGGACGCCAAAAUCAUUACAAAAUUCCUUUACGGUCAUGCCGCAGUUUUAGAGCUUCUAAGAUAUCAUACUCGUGGUUGUGACCUAGUUAUGCCCUCCAAGAUUAGGUCAGCGAUGCCCUUCUUGACUCUAGAGAAUAUCAUGGUAGAGAAGGCGAACCUUAAGAAAAUGUGUGUUUCUUCUAAGUGGAAUACGUCAAUCUGGGCUUCUAGCAUAGAGGGGAAAAGAGUAGCUAAUUUAGUGGCAGGCAGCUCUUUCUGGUCUGGAGCCACUAUGGUUUUGAAGGCAACGAUCCCACUGGUGCGUGUUUUGGAAUUAAUCAAUGAGGAUGACAAGCCAAAACUUUGUUUAAUAUAUGAAACAAUGGAUCAAGCUAAGGAAACAAUUAAAGAGGGAUUUAGGAACAAGGAAGCGAAGUACAUGCCGUUCUGGGAAGUAAUUGAUGAGAUUUGGAACCAGCAUCUCCACAGUCCUCUUCAUUGUGCUGGUUACUAUUUGAACCCAGUUCUUACUUAUUCAAGUGAUUUCUCCGUUGAUGUUGAGGUUUCCAGUGGCCUAUUGUGCACCAUUGUCCAUAUGGUGGAAGAUAAACACGUUCAGGAUCUGGUUAUGCUACAAAUUGAUGAGUAUCGAAAGGCUAAGGGUGCCUUUGGUGAAGGAAAUGCCAUUGAUCAACGAUUGAAUGUUUCUCCAGCCGAAUGGUGGUCCAACUAUGGAGGAGAAUGUCCUGAACUGCAGAGAGUGGCCAUUCGAGUGCAAAGCCAGACAUGUGAUGGUGCUUCAAAAUAUGGGCUCAAGAGGACGUUAGCCGAGAAGCUGCUCACAAAUGGAAGGAAUCGUAUCGAGCAAGAACGAUUGACUGAUCUGAUAUUUGUUAAUUAUAAUACGCAGUUGCGGAACUUCAAGUUGGGUCUUAUUGAUGGUAUGGUGAUUGAAGAAAUUGACCCAAUGGAUGAGUGGAUUGUGGAUGAAGCAACAGGCAUGGAUGUGUAUCGUGGAGAUGCAACCACCACCAGUGGAGGGGCUAUUAAUGGAGCAGGGCCUUCUACUUUUCAUAUAAAACAGGAGCCAGGUGAGUAGAUAUUUUAAAAAGAAAGUGGAAAAAUGAGAGGAUGGCAUCAUAUUGUGUUACACUCGCAAAGGUAAUUUUACUUUUUGUUUCCUUGGAAAUUCCUAUUGCAUUAUUCAAUUUUUUUUUUUUGGUAACUAUACUUUUUGUUUAGUUGAAUAUUAUAUUCGACAACACCUGCAGAAUUGGGUUGAGUAGCUUGUGUCUAUCCAGAAGGAUAGAUCUUUUUGAUAUAUUCCUUGGUAUAAAUCUUGAAUUCUUACCUCCUCCAA